GGUUCUUUCAUUUUCUUUCUUCUAUUCAUUUAUUUAUUUUUCCUUUUUGUUUUUGAUUUUGUAGAAAAGAAAAAGAAAACGAAUUAUAAACUCAUACAUAAGCUUUACUUCUUCGCAAAGUUGUUUUUAUAAAUUUUGUGACAAAGUUUUUCUUCCCUUACCACCAAAAAUUGCAGUCCUUAAGACUUAGAAAAGAUACGUUGUACUAUGGAUAGUUGGGAGGAUUUUUUGGUUGAGGAGCCUAGUAAGGCUACUGAAGUUGAACUUCCAUUGGGAAGUACUCAAAAGCCCAAAAAGAGAUUCGAUGAUGAAGAAGACGAAGAAGAAGAAGAACCUCAAACCAACAAUAACAAAAACAACCAAAAUACGUCUCCCGAUUCUAGCGAACCAAAGCUCACUAAAACUGAUCGUAUGAAACAACGUAUCCAAGAACGCAACAUUGAAAAAGCUAUCAAGGCCAGUGAGGAAGCCGCAAAAUCUGCUAGUGCCUCCAAAGAACAAGUGCGCCAAGCGGAAAUUGACUCAGACUUAGCCAAUGCUAUGGACCUUUUUGACAUUGUUGAUCAAAAUACCGCCAGUGGUAACCGUGCUAGACAAGCUGAACAACAACGCGAGCUGAGAACCAAAGCAGACUAUGCCGCCUUUCAGGCUGAAAUCCUUCGCAAAAUUAAACACUCUCAAACUUCCUCUGAAUACAAUGACUUUGUUCAAGAGUUAAUUCCUCUAUUGCUUACUAGUUUAACUGCUGCUAAUGUCAAGUCUAUUCAGAAGUCUGUCAAUAGAAUUGUCACUCAAAAAGAGCAACAAGAAAAGGCUCAAUCGAAGCGCGGUGCUACCGUUACUCCCGCUCCUGCUCCUGCUCCUACUACGAAUGCUGCUAAAAAGACUGCCAAACCUACGGUGAACACGAAUUCUAAAAGAGGAGCCGUUGAUGAAUCCGUCUACGAAGAUUAUGUCGAAGACGAAUACGAUGACUAUGCAGACGACUUUGAGGAUUUUAUGUAGACUGUGAAGUAAAUGUUACAUCUUUCAAGAUGGAUUUUUAUUCUUUCGUUUUGGCUUGGUUGUUUCCCUUAUUUCUAGUUCCUAGUCACUAGUUACUAGUAAAGCUUGAAAUUCAAUGAACAUGGGGUAUCUUGUAAGGGAGAAGGCAUAAACAAUUAUUUUAUCGUUCAAUGUACAAUUCGUAAA